AUGAAAACCGUUCUUCUUUUGGCGGUAGUUGUAACCAUUGCGAGCGGUUUUCUUCCCGGCGGGCAAAUCCGUUUAAGAGAUGAGGAUAUCAGUCUUAUCGCUGAUAUGUCGAGAAAGCUACCGGGAAUGUUGGCUCCUCCAAAACCGAAUGAGGAUGCGAUCAUUGUCACCUCAUGCAUUGAUACGAAUUGGAAUGCCUGUCAAUACAACUUCAAUGCUGCUCUCGGUAUCGACCCGACACUCACUUGGCGACAAGCGGACAAGCUCGCCGAUGCAUUGAACAAAGUGCUCGCCACAAAUGUCACUCAAGUGGUGUCCGUUUGCAAUGACAACACUCGUUUCUAUCAAUGUCUUGGCACUUCUUACUAUGAUUGUAUGGAUUUGUACAGAUUGAUUCGACUGAAAAACGCUGAUUUUAAUGAGGCUUUUGAAUAUGUGCAAAUCUAUCUGCAAUUGCAGUUCAUGUGCAAUGCUGGCUUCGAGGAAGUGAUGAAGGAUUACUAUUGCUUCACUUCACUUGCCACCACAAACAGCGUGCUUGCUUGUGCUCAGACUUUCAAUCAGACUGCUCAACAACCCGGUCAACUUUGCAACGCCGUUGAUCAAGCCGAUCAAUGCCUCAAUGCCGCCUACCAAAGUGGAUGCACUACCGCGGAAGCCGGUUGGUGGGGUUGUGAGGAGUUCCGGGUCGCCUUCGACCCAACCUGCUAUGGUCUACGAUGUAAUGUGAAUCACGGA